CGGCCCCGCCCGGCCCCGGCGUCAUCCGGCGCGCCCCGGCUGCGGCGGCACAUGGGGAGAGUGCUGCCGCCGCCGCUGCCGGGGCCGGGCCGGGCCGGUCGGGACGCGCUGCCGGGCUCAGGUGUGCCCAUGAGGCCGGCGGGGCAGCGGCGGGGCGGCGCGGGGACACGCUCGCCAUGGAGUUCACGGCCAUCGACUACAGCAUCUUCGCCCUGCUGCUGGUGCUCUCCUCGGCCAUCGGGCUCUUCUACGCCCUGAGCGGCGACCGGCAGCGCACGGUGCAGGAGUUCCUGCUGGCCAACCGUGACAUGGGCUGCCUGCCCGUGGCCCUGUCCCUGCUGGCCUCCUUCCAGUCAGCUGUGGCCAUCCUGGGCGUGCCGGCUGAGAUCUUUCGCUUUGGCACCGAGUACUGGUUCCUCGGCUGCUCCUAUUUCCUGGGGCUGCUCAUCCCCGCGCACAUCUUCAUCCCCGUCUUCUACCGGCUGCGCAUCACCAGCACCUAUGAGUACCUGGAGCUGCGCUUCAACAAGACCGUGCGGGUCUUUGGCACCAUCACCUUCAUCUUCCAGAUGGUCAUCUACAUGGGGGUGGUGCUCUACGCCCCCGCUCUGGCCCUCAACGCAGUGACAGGCUUUGACCUCUGGAGCGCCGUGCUGACCAUGGGGCUGGUCUGCACACUCUACACCACGCUGGGUGGCCUGAAGGCCGUCAUCUGGACAGAUGUGUUCCAGACGCUGGUGAUGCUGGCAGGGCAGGUCGCCGUCAUCGUGGUGGGCGCCUGGCGGGUGGGGGGCAUGGCCCGUGUCUGGCGCGUGGCUGAGCAGCAGGGCAAGAUCGCCGGCAUCGACCUGGACCCCAACCCCCUGGAGCGCCACACCUUCUGGUCGCUGUCGGUGGGCGGCGUGUUCAUGAUGCUGUCGCUGUACGGGGUGAACCAGGCGCAGGUGCAGCGCUACCUGUGCGCCCGCAGCGAGCGCCAGGCCAAGCUCUCCUGCUACGCCGUGUUCCCCUGCCAGCAGAUCGUGCUGUGCCUCAGCUGCCUCACGGGCCUCGUCAUGUUUGUCUACAACCUGGAGCACCCACUGGCGCCCAGCCAGCGCCCUGCCUCCCCCGACCAGCUGGUGCUGUUCUUCGUGAUGGACGUGCUGCAGGACCUGCCGGGGCUGCCCGGGCUCUUUGUCGCCUGCCUCUUCAGCGGCGCCCUCAGCACCAUCUCCUCCGCCUUCAACUCGCUGGCCACGGUGACCAUGGAGGACCUGGUGCGGCCGCACUUCCCCGGGCUGUCGGAGUCGCGGGCCACGCUGCUCUCCAAGCUGCUGGCUCUCGGUUACGGGCUGCUGUGCCUGGGGAUGGCAUACGUGUCCUCCAUGCUGGGACCCGUGCUGCAGGCAGCCAUCAGCAUCUUCGGCAUGGUGGGGGGCCCGCUCCUGGGGCUCUUCUGCCUGGGCAUGUUCUUCCCCUGCGCCAACCCCACCGGAGCCGUGGUGGGGCUGCUGGCCGGGCUGGCCAUGGCCUUCUGGAUCGGCAUCGGCAGCUUCCUGCAGAGCACAGCGGGGGCCAAGGGGGUGUCCCCCGCCAACAGCACAGCACUGCCCACCGUGGGCAACCUCAGCGCCGUCCUGGCCACCACGCUGCUGCCCCCCAGCACGUCGGCACCCGCCCCGAGCCCCACGGGGCUGCAGCGCUUCUACAGCCUGUCCUACAUGUGGUACAGCGCCCACAACUCCACCACCGUCAUCCUGGUGGGGGUCCUGGUCAGCCUGCUCACCGGCCCCACGCCGCCGGCGGCCCUGGACCCCCGCACCAUCUCCCCCGUGCUGCCGUGGCUGCUGUGCUGCCUGCCCCCCAAAAUCCGGCGCUGGCUCUGCUGCGGGGCAGCCGGCCCUGCCCAGGCCGCCGGGCACGCGGGCACUGCAGAGAAGAGCCAUGGGGUGCCCAACGGGCUGUCCCCCCCCCGGCCCGAGCAGGGGGAGGAGGGACAGGGCUACGUCCGCAGUGCCGGUGCCCCCAUCUACGCCGUGCAGGAAACCUCCUUCUGAAGGCCUGGCCGGGGAUCCACACCCGCCUGGGGCAUCCUCAGGCGUGCCGAGAUGGGCGGGUGGGCGGGCUGCCCCUCCGGGGGCUCUGGGACCACGGCGGGGGGCGCGGGAGCGGUGCCCCUCUGCAGCCG